AUGUACAACUACAAGGCAAAACAAUCUAUGGCAUUGCGUGUGGAGACGUAUGAUGAGCGUGUUGAUGAUCUUCUACACAGAUUUUGCGUUCAAAUACCAUUUACACGAGAUGUUCCACCACUUGGCAAUUCAUAUCCAAUGGCACUUAGUCAAUUUCACCAGUUGGAACGAAAAUUGGCAUUCAACUCACAGCUCAGGCAAAAAUACGAACAGCUUAGUCACAUGCACUCUAUCCAACAUCAUUCAAGCGACUUAUGUCUGGCAUACUACAUUCCACUACAUGCAGUUAUGGCAAAAUUCCGAGUCGUUGUCAAUGUUUCUGUGAUAUUUGUUGAUGAGAUCGAUUCAUUACUUUGCCAGCGUACUGAUAGUGAACAUGAAAGUGCCCGUAGAAUAAAAACUGAAUUUCUAAUACAAUUCGAUGGUGUGCGCACAAAGGAAGAUGAUCGUAUUUUUGUAAUUGGCGCAACAAAUAGACCACAGGAUUUAGAUCACGCUAUGCGUCGACGCCUGGUUCGGCGUCUCUACAUACCGUUGCCAGAAUUAGCAGGGCGUAUAAAUCUUAUUUCCAAUUUGUUCAAACCCAUUGAAAACGAUUUAAACGCUAAUGACCUGCUGGAAAUUGGUAAAUUAACAGAAGGUUAUUCUGGAGCUGAUUUAAACAGUUUAAGUCAAGAGGCAGCAAUGGGUCCAAUUCGAGCUAUACCAUUUGAUCAAUUUGCUACCGUCGGAAAAGAUAUGGUUCGACCCGUUAAUAUUGAUGAUUUUAAAGCGGCCUUAGAUCAUGUGCGACCCAGUGUUACCGAGGAAGAUAUAACAAGUUUUGUCGAAUGGAAUAAAUUAUAUGGUGCAAAAUAGUAUAUGUUUUUUCAUAUUUUAACUAAUAUAUAAGUUAUUUUCGUUUAAGAUAUUAUAUAGUGAAAUUGUAUGUCGUUAUAAUUUGUGACAAAGACAAUGCCCUCCAAACAUGAGGGUUUUAUAGCGUUAAUAAUUGUGUCAAAGAUUACAUAUGUAUGAUACAUCGACAGUAUUUUUAAGUAUUGAUUAUUUUUUAUAUUUGAUUA